CGCUGCACGCACUUGCUGGGCUAGCUGUUGUAGUCGGAAAAAUGGUGGCCAGCGUCCGAGUCUUAAAGCUACUACGACGAUAUAAACCAGCGAUUUCAGCCGCUUUAAUAAUCUUACUGAUACAAGGACUUGUAGUAUGGAGUCUGAGGAGUCUGGAGGAAGGCGAGGCCGAGAGAAAGACGAGACGGUCCAAGCUGCCCGACCACAACAGCCAGGACUCUAAGAGGGACGGCGCUCUGUGGGACAAAACUAACUCUUUGUCUGGGAGAAACCGAGGAAGAUGGAAUGCCAGGUUGGAGAGGACAGGCGGCACAGCGGCGAGCUCUCAGAGGAAAGGGAGCAGCCGCCGAGGAGGAAACGCCAGGAUCAGACAGAAGACUCCCCAGGAGCGCGGGGGGAUGGCUGCUGGAUUAGACGUCAUGCCACAUGAUCUGUCCAGCAGCCGUAACUUUAGCGAUAGCCGCGGCGGCGUGGACGGGCCAGUUAAAUUACCAGCUGCUGCCAUGCCUGGUGAGCCAGGCAGCGUGGAUGGUGCGCACCAAACCCCCAACAGUGACUUUCUGCCUAAAUGUGAGAUCGUAGGGAAGGACGCGCUGUCGGCUCUCCACCGUGCCACGUCCCAGCAGUGCAGGCAGGAGAUCGCUAACAUCGUGUGUCAGCAUCAGGCUGGACAGCUCAUGCCAGAAGCUCUUCCUCAGCUGUGCCCUCAGAUCGGUGUGUCUCAGCCAGUCCAGACCGCUGGUGGCGAGAUGGACUUAAGCCUGUCCAAGGUGGACAAUCCUGUCAGGGUGGCUUUUGUUCUUAUGGUCCACGGCCGUGCUGUUCGUCAGCUCAAGCGUCUCAUCAAAGCCAUUUACCACCGUGACCACUACUACUACAUCCACGUAGACAAGCGAUCUGGCUACAUGCACCGGGAGGUACUGCAGAUAGCUGAGCAGUACCCAAACGUGGAAGCCACCCCCUGGCGGAUGGUCACCAUCUGGGGCGGAGCCAGCCUUCUGAAGGCCUACCUACGCAGCAUGAAGGACCUGCUGGCCAAGCAGGAGUGGACUUGGGACUUUUUCAUUAAUCUCAGCGCCACAGACUUCCCCACCAGGACAAACGAUGAGCUGGUGGCGUUUCUGUCGCUGUACAGGGACAAGAACUUCCUCAAGUCUCAUGGGAGAGAGAACACCAGGUUUAUUAAGAAGCAGGGCCUUGAUCGUCUCUUUCACGAGUGCGACAACCACAUGUGGCGUCUGGGCGAACGGAGCAUCCCAGAAGGCCUGGAGGUGUCUGGAGGGUCCGACUGGUUUGCGCUCACCCGCAGCUUUGUGGAUUACGUCAUCACCUCCCAGGACGAGCUGGUGUCGGGGCUGAAGCAGUUUUAUUCCUACGCUCUGCUCCCUGCGGAGUCCUUCUUCCACACGGUGCUCGGGAACAGCCACAUGUGUGACUCCCUGGUGGACAACAACCUGCGAGUCACCAACUGGAACCGGAAGCUGGGCUGCAAGUGUCAGUACAAGCACAUCGUGGACUGGUGCGGCUGCUCCCCCAACGAUUUUAAACCGCAAGACCUCAUUCGUAUUCAGCAAUUAACCCGUCCGACGUUCUUUGCCCGGAAGUUUGAGUCGACGGUGAGCCAGGAGGCCAUCGACAUCCUGGACACUCACCUGUACGGUCAGUACGCUCCAGGAACGUUGGCACUGAAGGCGUACUGGGAGAGUGUGUUUGAGCUGUCGGAUGGCGUGGGCUCCCUCAGCGACGUGGCUCUCACUGCUUAUACCUCCUUCAUUCGUCUGGGCCUCGAGAACCUGAGGACUUCUCAGAGCAACAUGGAGGCCUGCAGGUUUGAACCAGUAGGCCGCCCUCUCGCUGUGCAUUUCUACUUCUAUGAUGACCGCUUCCAAGGUUACCUGGUACGCCAGGAAGUCCGAGCUCCAGGAUCCAGGGACAGAGAGACUCUAGAGCUGUGGGCCGUGCCUCAGGCCACGCUCGUCUUUGAGUCCAACCUCAAAGAGUUUGAAAGGCUCAAGAAUCUGGAAAUCGGAACAGACUGGGAUCCCAAGGAAAGGAUCUUCCGUAACUUUGGUGGCGUGAUCGGUCCUCUGGAUGAACCCCUGGCGGUCCAGAAGUGGGCCCGCGGUCCAAACCUCACGGCCACCAUCGUCUGGAUGGACCCAGCUCUGGUGGUGGCUGCGUCCUAUGACAUCACUGUGGACGUGGAUGCAGAGUACACGCAGUACAAACCCCCCCUGCAGCACCCUCUGAGGCCCGGCACCUGGACGGUGAGGGUGCUGAAGCAAUGGAAGCACGUGGCCGAGGUGCGCUUCCUCGUCAUGCCGUUGACGUUUAAUAAUAAAGAGCCGCUACGUAAAGAGGACAGCUGGCUCCAUUCAGGACCUCCAGGUAACUUGUACCUGGAUCAGAGCUUCCAGCAGUUGAGCUCAGUGUUGAAGCUGCCCCCCCAACAGCCCGCCCUGCAGGUGGCCCAGCGUCACGCUCAGCUGGUGGGACAGUCCCUGGAAGAGUGGGUGGACAGCCUGGUGGGGACAUACUGGGUCAUAGGCGACCUGUGCACCACAAAGACUUCCUCCUGUGCAGCUUUGGGCUCUUGUUCCAGAACCACGUGGAGCUCGUUGUGUCCAGACCCAAAGUCUGAGCUGGGUCCUGUGAAGAGUGACGGGCGGAUCAGGUAGCCCCGGGACGGACUUGGGCUCGUGUCCAGAAACUCUACUGGAGAGCCCAAACUUGUGUGGACCCCGAGGUCAGAUAAGAGCUCACAGGCACAUGAGCCUCGUUGAGGAACAUUCUCAUUGAGGCGAAGGAGGGUGUUAGAACAGUCUAAAGACAGAAGAAUGCUGAAGAUUUGCACAUCGACAAUUACAAGUGCAGAAACUUGUAUGAUUUGUUUGCUGGACGAGUCACUCGGAUCAGGUUAGAGCUGAGGACAGAGGCACAGGCUGGGCUCUGUCCUCGUGGAGCCUCUGACUUUAUUAUUAUGCUUAUUUUGAAGCAUCCAUGUGCGAGCAGACGGGUGAAGUGCACUUUACUUUUACAUUACCAUGUUACAGAGUUCCAUCAGUCACCGUGUGAGGCGACUCUUCAGUUAAGAGGUUAGCAUGUUAGCUUAGCACGUAGCCUGGGGGUCUGUUUAGUGUUUUUGGUUACAGCGCGUUUCAGAAGCUUUAGCUUCUCUUCAAACAGGACGUUUACCUUUGCUUGUGUGAAAAUCAUCAAGUUUUUAUGAAAUGCAAUCACUACCAUCACGCCUUUUGUGCGUCUGUGUACAUUUGAGUUUUAAGAUGUUAUCAUCCACCAAACAAAAGUGGAAAACAGUACAUUGUAUGUUUGUUUUUAUAAUUUUAGUGCCAUCAGAUAAAUGAAAGCUGCCUUUUUAUGUGAAUAAGAUCAGUUUGGCUCAGUUCGACCCCUUCUUGUGUUUUUUUUUUUUUUUUUUUUGUUCAUUUCACCUCGGAGCUGAAAACAGCCGGCCAACCAACUAACAAGUUUUCAAGUGACCUUGUUUACCUUGCACUGUACAGUUGCUUCAGUGAAGCCUGGUUUUAUUGAUGAAGCUAAGUGAUGAUGGGUCUGAAUAGAUGUUAUUUUUCUAUCCUGUUUCAGAUUAAUUAUCUACAUUGUUUGUUUGUGAAAACUCUAAAAAGUGUUUAAAACGGCUCACACACUGUAAUUUAAAUAUAGGACAGUUCACCUUUCUAAUGUCACUUGAGGCAGUGAGUGUGUGUUGCGUAGGGGGAAAUGGAGGUUUCUGUCUGCGCCGUUGUCACAGCCAGUAGCAGUCGGGUCGGCGAGUCAUCAUCAGCUCUGUGGUUUUGUCCGCACACAGAGAACUAACAUACCCGAGUGACAGCUCAAUAAAUACAGAUAUAUGAAGGUUUUGGUUGGGAUGCUUUAUUUACACGUCUGCUUUUAAUCAAGUGCUGAGAGAGACCAAAUCUGUCUCUGUCUUUAAUCUGUUAAAGUAGGGAGAGCUUCUGUUUCAGGAGAUUUUAAAGGGGGAGAUUUUAAAGUUUAUGCUAAACUUACCUUUUGAAUUGUUUUGAGCUGCCAUAUGGGUCUCUGCCUCUAUAGACACUCCAAAUGUGGAAAAUAAAACGAUCCAUCUGUUUUCUGUCA